UGGAACAUAUAACGUAUAACGUACUUAUAUACGACAGGAAAUUGUAGAGUAACAAAAUAAUUACGUAUAUAGAAAAUUCUACAUAACUCGCGCUUUAAUGGCCAUUUGACAGAGCUCGUGUUUGACCCCGGAAAUAAUCUCCUCUGCUAACUCUGUGCAGCGAGAGAACUACAGUAAAGGUUCAGGAGUGUGAGAGGAGAGUGUGUGAGAGAGUGUUUGCUGUGUGUGACUGGAUUCAUUUACAGAUAUGUGUGUUAAAUAAAUGGACACAGGCGUGGAGAACUCGAGUGACCUGCAGUCUCAGGUUGAAGAGAUCGAAGCACUUUCCUCCAUAUACGGUGAUGAAUGGUGUGUGAUUGAUGAGGCUUCGAGAAUAUUCUGCAUCAAAAUAUCAGAUGAUAUUUAUGAGCCCAGGUGGUCUGUUUGUCUGCAGAUCAUACUCCCAGAAGACUACCCAAGCUCAGCACCUCCAAUAUACCAGAUAAAUGCAGGAUGGCUAAGAGGACCAGACAGAGUCAAAAUCUGCAACAGCCUGGAAGAACUGUAUCUGGAAAAUGUUGGAGAGAGCAUUCUUUACCUCUGGGUGGAGAAAAUCAGAGAAUUCCUGAUAGAACGGUUGCAGCGAGCAGAUGCAGCAGAAGAACCAGAGACGGGCAGAGCAGUGGCGACUGAGGAAGAGGAUGAAGAUUGGGGUGAUGUCCCCGACUACAGCGCUCUGAAACUCAACACAGAGCAGGUGCACCUGUUCUCCAGCUCACCAGCAGACGAGGAGUUGCCGCCAAUUAAACACGGGGAAGCAGUCACAGACAGACGCAGCAACUUCCAGCCUCAUUUAGCCCCUGUAGUGACACCUAAACAGGUUCAGAGGGUGAUAGACAAACUAUACGAAAACAAGAAAAUUGCAAGUGCCACUCACAACAUCUAUGCGUACAGGAUAUACUGUGAAGACAAAAGCACAUUCCUUCAGGACUGUGAGGAUGAUGGAGAGACGGCUGCUGGUGGGAGGCUGCUGCAUCUUCUGCAGAUUCUAGAUGUACGGAACGUGCUGGUGGUGGUGUCGCGAUGGUACGGUGGGAUCCUCCUCGGCCCUGAUCGCUUCAAACAUAUCAACAACUGUGCCAGGAAUAUCCUCGUCCAGGAGGGCUAUACGGAAACGAUGGAUGAAGCAUCAAAACCAGUGGGGAAGAGCAGAAAGCCCAAAAACAAGAAGAUGAAGUAAAGCCACCUGCGCGUUUCUCAGCGCUCGUUUCUCUCUGAACCGCCGGUCUCUGGGGAGAAAAUGUCAACAGGCCCGCCUUUUUUGAUGGAUAAGGAGGUAAAGAUUUACAGAGCAGAAAAAACACAAGCAUCCAUUGAUGCAGAGAGCUGCUACAAGGACCUCAACAGUGUUUACAAUGUUAAUAAAGAUCAAACAACUAAAAAAACCUAUUGAGUAAAAAAAAAGAAAUGAACGAUUUUAUCAUCUCGAUUGUAAUGAUCCUAAUGAAUUUACAUGACUUUUAUUUUUAACAUUGAAUAAAAGCCAACACCUGUUCCUAAAA